AGUUUAUAUUACUGUUGCAGAAUACGUUAUAUUCUGCAGAUUUAAUAGCCGUAGCGAAACUCGUGGGCAAACUUAAAUUUCUAGUUAAUUUCGUGGCAUGUCUGUAUAUCUCCGGGGAGUAACACAAAAGAAUUGUUUAAACGUCUGUCGACUAAUAAAAGGUGUGUCGCCACGUCCUUGGAUAAUAGCCAACUGGUCGAUCUCCACGUUACGUUCGUUUAGGAUAUAACGACGUCGACGGUUGAUUAUUGUAAUUGUUUUUGCGUUAAUUAAUCCGAUUAUCGACGGAAAAAAAGAAAGAAAAAAUAAAUUAGCCGACAUUUCCCGUGCAUUUUUUCCGGAUGUAAACUCUUCUUUCAUUGGCAGAUCGACUGGCCGUGUCGGAAAAUCGACCUAUAGUGCCUUCGAUGUAACCGGCGGCUCACAUUGGAUGGAGGGUGGCGACUCGUCGCUAUGGCCGACAGCUAAUGCCUGUUUCGGUCUUUGUGUCGUAGAGUCAAAUGCACGAUAACUACUGUCAUGUCUUCAGAUCUAAUAGGGGUCUGGGAAGUCCGCCUGAGCGACAGGGUCCACAGGGUGGAAUUCGAACACGGGACGGCGAGCGGAAGAAGAGUUUUAAGAGUAGACGGAAAAGAAAUCCUGAGAAGAGAUUGGAUGUUUCGACUGGUGGGAUCUGAAACGUUUGAAAUUGGCAAAACCAAAUGCUGCAUCAACAUCAGACCGACCAAUGGCUUCAAUUACGAAUAUACCCUCAGCGUAAAUGGUAGAGAAUUACAGAAAUUUCUGGAAACGCAAUCGAAGAUUUUGAAAACCUGGAUACUGGACCUUGAUGGCGAAGCUACACGAGUGGUUCUUGAGAAAGAUACUUUAGAUGUGUGGGUUAAUGGUCAAAAAGUUGAUACAGCUGGAGAAUUUGUCGAGGACGGCACCGAAACGCAUUUCAGUCUCGGUUGCCACGAAGCAUACAUCAAGGCCAUAAGCAGCGGUAAGAAGAAAGAAGGCAUAAUUCAUGUUUUGAUUGUGGACAAUAUGGAAAUCCCAGAAAGUAUAGAAUGAUAAAUUGUUAAAAUGCACUAUUUUUAAUUUGUGUUCGAAAUGCGCUGCACAUAUCUUGCAUUUGUCUAUAGAUAUUUUUUUAUUGUGCACGACGGUAUUUUAUACUCCGUUAUUGGCCAGUUAGUGUUGCCAACUGAUAAAGAAAGUGAUGAUUGUUGUUAUAUCUGCAAUGUUUCAAAAUAUUUGAAAAUCAUAGGAUAAUAUAGCAUAAAAUUCAAAUUUCUAAUUAGCUACCUCCUAACUGAACAAAAAGAUCAUAUACAUAGUCCAUAAAACUUGAAUAUCUGUACAGAUUUUUUUCCAAAAGCUAUUUUUAUUAUUAAAUGUGAUUGCUCGAAGAGGCAUGGCCGUCGCUCGUCUGGAACAACUCUCGCAUGCUACGUAGACCAAAAUAUUCCGUCGGACAUUUUGUAUUUUAUUUUUGGUUUAUUGCACAAAUAAAUUGUUUCUUGACGGA